AUGUCGGACAAGCCGAUUGGCAUACAAAAUAAUGAAAAGUCUAUUUCAGAGCUAAAUAGUGUCAUUGCCCCGUCAGCGAAUAAAAUUGAUAAUGACACAGUCCGGGGUAAACUUUCAAAACUAAUCGGUGAUGCCAUGUCAAGCAAUCCAUAUUUUGCCGCCGGCGGUGGGUUAAUGAUCCUUGGUACAGGUUUGGCCGUGGCUAGAUCUGGUAUAAUUAAAGCCAGUAGGGUGGCAUACCGACAGAUGAUAGUUGAUUUAGAGAUACACUCUAAGGACAAAUCAUAUGCCUGGUUUCUGACCUGGAUGGCUAAACACCCUCAAAGGGUGUCCAGACACUUAUCUGUGAGGACAAACUAUAUACAGCAUGAUAACGGAUCAGUCAGUACAAAGUUUUCGUUGGUUCCAGGCCCAGGAAAUCACUGGAUUCGUUAUAAGGGUGCCUUCAUCUUGAUUAAAAGGGAAAGAUCUGCUAAAAUGAUAGACAUCGCCAAUGGGUCACCUUUCGAGACCGUAACUUUGACUACGCUAUACCGAGACAAGCAUUUAUUUGAUGAUAUUUUGAAUGAGGCCAAGGAUAUAGCUUUGAAGACCACGGAAGGGAAGACUGUUAUAUACACUUCCUUUGGUCCUGAAUGGAGAAAGUUUGGCCAGCCAAAGGCCAAAAGAUUGCUGCCUUCCGUGAUUUUGGAUAGUGGUGUCAAGGAGGAUAUUCUUGACGACGUUCAUGAUUUUAUGAGAAACGGUAAAUGGUAUUCCGACAGGGGCAUCCCAUAUCGCAGAGGAUAUUUGCUGUACGGUCCCCCCGGAUCAGGUAAGACGAGUUUCAUUCAAGCUCUGGCUGCUGAAUUGGACUACAACAUCUGUAUCCUAAAUCUUUCCGAGAAUAACUUAACGGAUGACAGAUUGAACCAUCUAAUGAAUAAUAUGCCCGAAAGGAGCAUACUGCUGCUGGAAGAUAUUGAUGCAGCAUUUAACAAAAGAAGUCAGACUGGUGAACAGAGCUUCCAUUCUAGCGUUACAUUUAGUGGACUGCUAAAUGCCCUAGAUGGUGUCACGUCUUCCGAAGAAACGAUCACCUUCAUGACUACCAAUCAUCCUGAAAAACUGGAUGCGGCCAUAAUGAGACCAGGUCGCAUUGACUACAAAGUUUAUGUUGGUAACGCAACAUCAUACCAAGUGGAGAAAAUGUUCAUGAAGUUUUACCCCGGUGAAACUGAAAUAUGCAAGAAGUUUGUGGAGAAUAUUGAAGCGUUGGAUAUCACUGUAAGUACCGCCCAAUUGCAAGGACUCUUCGUCAUGAAUAAGGACGCGCCACAAGACGCGUUGGGAAUGGUCGCUAGCCUUCGGAACUCGAACCACACUUUUUAG